AUGGCGACUAAGACGUCAAAAACCAUCAGCUCUGAUUGUGGAGAUGACUCAUUGGGUGAGUUGUUUAGUCACAUUGUAUGCACUUAUGUUGCCUCAAGUCAUUUCGAAUCAUGCCUUCUAAAUUACCCUGUGUUAUUUGUUUACAGGUAUGUUCUAUAAUGAUCGCCUUCCAUCAGAGUUGAUUUUCUCUCAACUUUCCGGCUGCCAAUGCACAGGUCUCUCCUGUAACCCUGAUCAAUGUGAUUGCGUGAAGCGCCGUAACGGGAGCGUAUUUGACAGCUCCUUUCGACUCUCCUGCCUUUUGGAUUACAAGAACAGUCAACAACUCCAACCGGUCUUCGAGUGCAAUAGUUGUUGUGCUUGUCAGCCUACCUGUUCUAAUCGGCUGGUUCAGCACUUUGUUGGGCGCUUUCCGGCAUUGAAAGUCGUUAAUACAGGAAAUGCUGACAAAGGCCUGGGUGUCAUAUGCGAGAAGGAUAUUUCACCUGGUCAGUUUGUCUGCGUCUACAUGGGAGAAUAUAUUCUGCCGUCGGAUGCCGGCCGGGUUUCUCGAGACCAGAUUCGCUAUCUGGGCCACACAUACGUUCUGUGUGUUCGAGAAUUCGCAGGCCAGUCCCGGCUAGUAAGCGAGACAGUAGUCGACGGUGCUGCGGAGGCAUUUUUGCCCGAUCUGCCCAUAUCUAGUUUCAUAAAUCACUCUUGUCAGCCAAAUAUGACCGUUAUCCCUGUACGCGUGGAUUCCAUGCUACCAUUUCUAGCAUUUUUUGCCAAUCAGCAUAUCAUGGCAGGCGUUGAAUUAACGUACGAUUACGGAGAGUACUCGGCGUCUCCAGACUGCCUUUCAAAGAAACCCUGUCAGUGUGGCGAAUUGACGUGUCGUGGGUUCUUGCCCUGUGCUGAAUGA